UUAACUACACUCCUAUUCACCAAGGGUAAGUAGCUAGCUUAGAAACUAACUUGAGUAAGGUUAGAGGUUGUUUUGGGUCUAUAAAAGAGCACUACUACCUGCUCUAACUUCAUCCCAUUCUCAUUCAUAUAGGAAUUUCACUUAGAAACUCAUUGGAAAGGAAGAAAUCUUUAGUUAAAGAAAGUUAGCUUAAGCUCUUAGGUUCUUUAAGUUGUGAAGCUCAAUUUUGUGGCUAAGCCUUCAAUUACCUGUUGAUCACUUCAAAAUAUAUUCAUGUAUUGAGUAGAUGCUUGGGGAAACGGGAUGAACCUACUAGAUAAAAUAAUAUUUUUCUACUACUAUUUCUAGUGAAUAUCUGUACUGAUUCGAAUUUUGCUUAACUUUGGUUUUGUAAAUAUAUUACCGAUAUUUGUUUUCUAAUAAAAGUACUAUUCAAACAUGUAUAUAAUUUCUUUUACUUCUUGUUGAUUUAUUCAAGAAGAAAAUUUUAUUUGUUUUGACUCACGUCACAAAUUCACGAGCCAUAUUUCAGUACAAUAUUGGCCUUGGAAUUGGGGGCGUGACAGUACCUCAAGUAACAACGUUUUAUAUAUUAUAGGCAAUAUCAAUUUCAUAUAACAGUCAACAAAACAUAAGUAUAGCCAACCUGAUCUCAUGACAAAUUAAUUGUCAUUGAAAGCAAAUUUAAUUUGUGAAUAUGACUUGAUGGAAAAUAAGCUUAUAUAUAUAAACUUAACUGUAACAUACACAUAUAUGUACCUGCUUGUUGGCUACUAACAUAUAUGUAUUUUAAUCACGAUCUUUUAAUUUGCUUAUGUAUGGGAAAGUGAAUUUACAUGCCGAAUGAUAUAAUUGUAACUACAAAAUGAUAAUAUGUAAAAACAUAUAUUUCUUUACGAAUACUCAUAAAGUUCCGAAAAAAGUCGUUUUCUCUCUAGAAAAACCUAGGUUUGAUCUUCUCAUCAUCUCCUUCAUGCCUAGUCCGACGGCACGUCCUUGGGACGUCGUCGUCGGACGGGCCACAGAGGUCUGGUUGUCCAGUGGUGGUUCCUCAUGGAAUAGUGGUGGUCACUAUAGGGGCUGUACGUUGACGGUUGCAAGGUUUCCGAUUCCGGCCUUGUCAAUGUUGCUUGGAAACGUUUGUGAGAGGGAUAAGCAGAGGAGGGGUGGGGGAAUGCCGGUGGGGCGGCGAGAUCUCACUCAUCUUUGGGCAUCGACGAAAGGAGAUUUGGGGUUGGCUGGGUGGGCGGUUUGGACUGCAGGGGUGCGAUCUGUUUUGAUUGCAGAUCGAUUUGGCGGUGGCUGGUCGGUGUCGGUCGUUUUAGGCCAUCUCAGAUCUGCUUUUGGGUGGUCAAGUGAUGUCGAGUUUUGGCAGCCAGGGAGUGGGAGUGACGGGGAUGUUGGUAGAGGUGCGACAGUGAGAGCGUUUCCGGCGAUGGCUGACUGCGUGCAGGCCUCUAGUUGGGCCUUGUGGUACCUGGGCCUGAAACUGCUUUUUCGGCCCAUUUAUUUUGCCUUUAGUUUUAUGCUUAUUAUUUGUUUUUUAGUUUUAAGUGGCUUUAUGCUCAUAAUAAUGUCCUACUCUAGGUUUGUAGGGCGAGGUGGACGCUGUCCUGGUUUGUGCACCUUGAGUGCCGUGUCUGGCCUAGGGAGGUGGCAAGCUUCUUGCAUUGUCAAAUGGUUGCAACCUCCUAGUGGCAGAAUGAAGCCAAGUGUCACCGAAUUUAUUUUUCGGUGGCAACAUAGUGGGAAAGUUGGUAUUAUUAGUUUACUAUGGCUCCGUGUGAGCAUUAUCUUUCCGGUAUGUCGCCAAAAUUGUAAAGCAAAUGGAGUAGCCAAUUGUGCACUCUUUGCUAGUUGGUGCGUGAUAGAGUACACAUUAUUAGUAGAGACUUCUGAUAUUAUUUCAGAAUGUUCCCUUAAGGCUUCUUAUUAUUUGGGGUUUAGGCUUUAUGUCCCCCCCUUGUAUUCUAUGGUUUCAUUAAUGGUUAUGGCUUAAGGGCAGC